AACACUGGAGCAUGGUCAAAUUCUCAAAAGCUGUUUCAUAACUUUUUUCGGCUUAUCAAAGGCAAAAUCUUUAGUGUCAGCUAUGCAGAUGUUACAAAGGUUGCACAACCUUUUUAGGAAAACACUUUCACUUCAAAAUAUCCCUACAGAAGUGGUGCGAAUGCAAUGUAGAUGGCUUCACUAUGUCCAAGGCCAAUCUCCAAACCCCAAGCACAGAGAAUACUUCUACUUCAUUGAUCACCAAGGCCAGCUCUUCCUGGAUGAUGCUCGAAUAAAGAACUUCACAUCCUGUUUUAAAGAGAAAGACUUCUUGGAGUUCUUCUUUAAGAGAGUGAAGAUAAAUGAAACUGGCCUCUAUGAAGACGUGUUCCCUUACAUUUCUCCCUGUGGCCGCGAGAGAAACUUCAUUCGCUGUGAUGACCGUCCCAUAGUCUACACCCAUCUUAUUCAGAAAGUUUCUCAGGAUGAUCUGGAUUCUACAUCAAGACUUUCAUUUGGAGGUGCAGGAGAACUCUUGACAGUCUCUUUUGAACCAGAUAAAAUUUGUAUGUUACCAGAGUCUGGGAGAGUUUAUCACCCAGCAUCUGAGAGGACCGGCGGAAUAGGUCUGAUUGAAUCUAGUCUUGCUAUCGAGUUUAGCAAAAGUUUCUCCUAUGAACAUGGUGAUGAUAGUAAGCCUCCAACCCACUUCAGCUGGCAGGGGACCACUUAUACUUUGACGAAUGAACUGAUUGACAUUCUUGAAAGUGAACCUGCAAGAUUUCGUCCACAAUAUCUUGACAGUUGAAUCGACUUGUGCUCAGUGAUAUGAAACCUAAAUGAAGUCGUUGAUUGAGAUUGACUUCAAAGACCCAUCGAACAUGAAUCGAUCAGAGAUAACAGUGCAAAUUAUGUCAGAACUUGGGAUGGUUUGGUGUUCAUUGUGACAUCUCCAGAUGCUUUGCACCAAAAACGUUUUUCCUUCUUGACUCGUGGAAACCCAAGAAAAGAUAUUGUGGAAAUUGUCUCUAUCCAAAGUGGGAGAUUCAGUUUUUGUUAAUCCAUAAUUCGGGUUUCUCCCUAGUGGAUCUCUGUACAAAGGUUUAUUCUGUAAUUCACAAGGAUUUCAUUUCUUUGAUUUGUAAUUGAAACUCUGGGAGAUUACUGUAGCUUUUCAUGAUUAAAAUAAAAUUCAGGUUGUAUUUAGAGCAA